GCUGCCUGGGAGCCAGCCGCCAAGUGGGCGGGCCGUGCUUUGCCCCUCGGCUCCUAGCCUGGCCGGGCGCGGGGUGGUGCUGUUCUUGCAAGCUCGGAAGGUACUUGGGAAGGCUGGGUUGUGGUGUGACUCCUUGUGACAUUAACCGGAAGCGUGGGAGAGCCGGGGCACGCACACUCGCACUCACACGCUCACGCGCGCGCCCAGGGGAGCCAGCCGAGGUCCCGCGGGGUGAAAGCGGAGUUGCUCGGGACAAGUUGGCCGCUUCCCUCUUCGGCGGGUCCCUCCGGGAAGGUUUUGCCGUGGUUAUUUUGUCAUUAUGAGAUGUUGUCUCUCGGUGCUUCAUUUGUGCAAAUUAAAUUUGAUGACUUGCAGUUCUUUGAAAACUGCGGCGGAGGGAGUUUCGGGAGUGUGUAUCGAGCCCGAUGGGUAUCCCAGGACAAGGAGGUGGCUGUGAAGAAGUUGCUUAAAAUAGAGAAAGAGGCAGAAAUCCUCAGCGUGCUCAGCCACAAAAACAUCAUUCAGUUUUAUGGAGCUGUUCUCGAACCCCCCAACUAUGGCAUAGUUACGGAAUAUGCUUCUGCUGGAUCACUGUAUGACUACAUAAAUAGCAACAGAAGCGAAGAGAUGGAUAUGGAUCACAUAAUGACCUGGGCAACUGAUAUAGCUAAAGGAAUGCACUAUUUGCAUAUGGAGGCUCCAGUCAAAGUAAUUCACCGAGAUCUGAAGUCCCGAAAUGUGGUCAUAGCUGGUGAUGGAGUAUUAAAGAUAUGCGAUUUUGGUGCUUCAAGAUUCCACUCCCAUACAACACACAUGUCUCUGGUUGGUACCUUUCCUUGGAUGGCUCCAGAAGUUAUCCAGAGUCUGCCAGUAUCUGAAACAUGUGACACUUAUUCGUAUGGUGUGGUUCUCUGGGAGAUGCUAACAAGGGAGGUCCCCUUUAAAGGCUUGGAAGGAUUACAAGUAGCUUGGCUUGUAGUGGAAAAAAACGAGAGACUGACCAUUCCCAGCAGCUGCCCUGGAAGCUUUGCAGAAUUGAUGCUCCAGUGUUGGGAAGCAGAUCCAAAGAAAAGACCGUCUUUCAAGCAGAUCAUUUCAAUCUUGGACUCUAUGUCAAAUGAUAGCAACCUCCCAGACCAAUGCAACUCAUUCCUGCAUAACAAGGCAGAGUGGCGAUGUGAAAUAGAGGCAACGUUAGAGAGGCUAAAGAAACUGGAACGUGACCUGAGCUUUAAGGAGCAGGAGUUAAAAGAACGGGAGAGGCGGCUGAAGAUGUGGGAGCAAAAACUAACCGAACAGUCCAACACACCUUUGCUGCCUUCCUUUGAUAUCUGUGCGUGGACUGAAGAAGAUGUGUACUUUUGGAUGCAGCAGCUUGUUACGAAAGGUGACACUUCAGGUGAGAUGAGUAUUUAUGCUACUUUAUUUAAGGAGCAUCACAUCACCGGGAAACGACUGCUACUUCUGGAUGAAGAGGACAUGAAGGACAUGGGGAUUGUUUCUAAAGGCCACAUGAUUCAUCUGAAGACUGCCAUUGAGAAAUUGAGUCAGGACCACAUCAAUAUGUUUCAUUUUCCACCUCUGAUUAAGGAUUCUGCAAGUGAAAAUGAGACAAGUGAGGAGAAAGUCGUGAACCUUGAACUCGUUUUUGGGUACCAUUUAAAGCCUGGAAGUGGCCCUAAGGACUGUAAAUGGAAGAUGUACAUGGAAAUGGAUGGGGAUGAGAUUGCAAUAACUUACAUAAAAGACGUGACAUUUAACACUAACUUACCUGACACAGAGAUUUUAAAGAUGACAAAGCCACCUUUUGUAAUGGAGAAAUGGAUUGUGGGAAUAGAAGACAAUCAGACUGUGGAAUGUUUAGUUACUUAUGAGAGCAUUGUCAGAACUCCAAAAUCCACCAGACAUAUCCAGCCAGUGGAAUGGAGUAAAGUGAAGCUUCAAGAUGAGGUGAAGUCAAUACAGCUCAAAAUACAGACAUCGCUCCCAAACUCAGAAGGCAACCCUCGGAGCAGAUCCAAUUCCAGUAUUGAUGCCCAAUGGAUGAAUGCACUGAAACUGCGCCGAGUGACCAGCAGCCCUUCUCUCCAACGUUCCCGCCCUCACAGCCCUAACGGUUUUUUGCCGUACCUUCAGGACCAAGGCACCUACGCUGCCGCCGUGAGACGGACCCAGGUUCCUGUAACCUAUCAGAUCACUUCUCUGAGUCAGUCGAGAGGAUCGUCUCCCACACCGUAUUUGUCAUCGCUGCAUUUGAACUCAAAGGGAAGCAGCACCUCCAGCGCAGCUUCGGAUAGCCCUUCGGAAAGAGACAGGUCCAAAACUAAAAACCGGCACAGCUACCACAGCGGCGACUCUCGUAGUGUUUCAGGAAGCGGAAGGCGCUUUGCAAGAAGUUCGGGGGGUGCUCAGGCGGCUGCUAGGAACCCAGAGAAAUUCCGCAGGCAUUCCCAGCCAACGUACAGUCAACACUCAUCGAGGUCACAUGACAGGAAGUCUCCUCAUUACCCCCAGCAGCCCAAGUUGAUACCAGGGAUGCCUUUGAAAACUGAAAGCAAACCCAAAAUAGAAGAGGAAGAGGGAAGCAAAGUUGGUGAAGGCGGAUGGACCAAAGUUGAUUAUUCGAAAAAGUCCCAUCGGCAUAUCGUUGGCAAACAAAGAGAAGAGAAGUCAAAAGGAACUGGAACCAGCCAGAAGAAAGUCCAUUGAUGUUUUUUGAGAAAUAGGUUUUAUUUUGUUCUUUUGGACAUUUAGUUUCUACAGAGAAAGGUGUGUGUGUGUGGGGGGGUGUUUUUAAAGAUUCGCCUGACAAUGAAUGUGAGACUAGCGCUAUUGAACAUGAAUACACUACCUCUCGUGGAGAUCAAACCCACAAGUCCACGACAGGCAUGGGUUGUUGGGGUUUCUACUCACUGCAGCCAGGUGAAUAGGAUGCUAUUGUUUGCAUUGUGAAUAGUCACAUGCUGCAAGUUCUCUUUGCUUCCAGUUGGGUGCUCAUGAUUUUAACUUAAUACUUCCACAAGUGUUAAAUUAAGAAAUCACCAUAGUUUCAGUCUGAUCCUGUAGGGAUAGGACCACAAAACACAACUGCCUCCCCCCCGCAACACAAUGGCUGAAAAAAAUGUGACUGGAAAGGUUAUCCUUUCCUUACUUAUGCAGCUCUCAUUACAAUAUCCUGUCCUGUUGAGUUUGUUUCUCCCGAUCUGCUCACUGCACCUUACCCAGGCACCUCUGGGCUCCUCGCUGGUGAUGGGGGAACCCCAGCCCUCCAUUUAAAGAUGCAGUCCCCACAUAUUUCCUUUGGACUAAUUCUUACGAUCAUGAAAUAAUUUAAUACUGUAUAUUCUGCAGAGAAGAGCAAACAAAAUAGAAAAAAAUAGCCUUGAUCGCUCUCGUUUUAUUUUUUUAUUUUUUUCGUAUGACUAUUUAUUAACAUAUGGCAAAUGUUUUUUAUUAAUUGCAUUUUAAUUGUAGCCAGCCUUAUAAACUACUGUUAAUACAUGCUAUAAUUCUACUGAGGUACCUUUGGGGAGGGAUUUGUCUUCUAAGACUGUGGUCCUGAACACGAAAGUAAGUCCCACUGCAUUAAAUGUUACUUUUGUCUGAG